UCCGAGGGUCUCUAGAAGCUGCGCGCAUUUAUUCAGUAGCAGCAGAGGCGAGCGCGGCACAUAAACUGGAGGAGAGAGGCGGCGUGAGUUUGCUUUUAGCAGUUGUCAGAUUUGCAAUUGGAUUUGUUUGAAUGUAGUUGUUGUUUCGGAGCAAAUGAGAACGGGAAAGAGAGAAUAUUAACAGCGAAGGGGGGAGCUCGGCCGUUCAGUCUGAGCGUCUGAUCCGUCCGUGUGUGCACACUUACAGAUAGGCGACACUAGAUUUAUAUCGCUUUUCAUUGUUUUGCCUUUUUUCUUAUUCGCAUGGAAUUUAUCAAGAGCAAGCAACGCUGUUUGAUCGCGAUUUAUUUGCGUUGCACUUCAGUCCGGAUAGGGGGAUCUCGCCGCGUAUCUCGCCGUAUUCCGUGUAUGAAUUAUUAUUGAUAGGAGAAGAAAGAGAGAGAGAGAGGAAGAAAAAAAAACGUGCAGACGGCAAUUCAUCUUUCCAGGGUUUUGGUUUAUCGAGGCGUAGUCUAGUCAACCGCGCGUUUCAAAGCCAUUUCCAGGAGAAGCUGUGAGCAGACCGAGAGGUGCAGCCUGCUGGAGCCGAGGACGGAUCGCCCGGGGAAGGACUCCUCGUUCCUCAGGACGAUGGUGUUGGACAAGGAAGAGGGUGUGCCGAUGCUCUCCGUCCAGCCCAAAGGGAAACAGAAGGGGUGUGCUGGCUGCAAUCGCAAGAUUAAAGACCGCUACCUGCUCAAGGCCCUGGACAAAUACUGGCAUGAGGACUGUCUCAAAUGUGCCUGCUGUGACUGCCGCCUGGGGGAGGUGGGCUCCACCCUCUAUACGAAAGCCAACCUCAUCCUCUGUCGCAGGGACUACCUGAGGCUCUUUGGUACAACGGGGAACUGUGCAGCCUGCAGUAAACUGAUCCCAGCCUUUGAAAUGGUGAUGAGAGCCAGAGAUAAUGUUUACCAUUUGGACUGUUUUGCCUGUCAGCUUUGUAACCAGAGGUUUUGCGUGGGGGACAAGUUUUUCCUAAAAAACAACAUGAUUUUGUGUCAAAUGGACUAUGAGGAGGGCCAGCUGAAUGGGAGCUUUGAGACACAGGUUCAAUAGUUGGAACCUCGUGGCAGCAACAAUCGGCUCCACACUUUACACACGAGAUGGAUGUUCUGCUGCACUUGGAAAAAGACAAGCGUCUGUCUGCUUGCCUGCAAUACUUUUUAAGACCCCUUUAUCAGUCCCUAAGGACUCUAUUGUAAAUGUUCAACUUUUUGCCCCUCCCACACCCCAACACUGAGCAGUUACAAAUUUUGAUGUACAGUUGUGCCUGCUUAGCUGAGCACUGUAUUGCUUGUAUGUUUUGUGAAAUUUGUUUCCGGUUUGUUUUAUUUUCCUUUUAGAAAUGGUUCAUUGGAGGGUAUGUACAGUCUGUUUUCUCUGUAUAUAUAAACUGGAACAUUUAUUUUAUGAAAUGUAAUGCAAUUUUAUUACUAGUGUGAAUUAAAGAUUCUUAAAUGUU